AUGAAGGCUACCCUUUUGGACUGGUGUGCAAGGUCUGGAAUGGACAAGGAAGUUCGAUCAGUGCUUGGGCAUCAUUGCAGUGCUGUAAGUGGUUCAGAAGUAGUGUAUGCUCGUCAUUUGCAAGCCAGGCCAAUUCGGAAACUGAUGAUGCUGCUCAGGUUGAUUAGGAUUGGCAUGGGCCUUGAGGAAAUCGCUGACAGAGGAAACAUUGCUGGUGUCACGCCGGCAGUGGGUACACCUGGACCUGGUUUUGGGAUUCAUGGUUGUGCAGCACGGACACCUGUAUUGCCAGUUGAACGUGUUUUGCCAGAAUCUGACCCUGUUCAGGAUGCUGUAGAGGUUGUUCAGGACCAUGAAGACCAGCUUAGCGUCAAGGAAGAGAUGGACAUUGCUACAGACAUUGAUAGCUCGUCUGGCAGUGACAGUGAGUCGAGCAGCACGAGCAGCGAUGAGCCGCUGGCUGAAACUUUUGAAACACGUGCUGCAUACACCGAAGCAGUGCCUGAAGGGUUGACCUUUUAUAAACAUGUGAAAAGCUUUCGUGUGCAUGCAGUCCGAAAUGAACAGCAAGUGACUGUAUGCAAAAUGAAGAUAACUGAAAAUUUUCAGGAAUUGGGCCGUACCUUGAACUUCAGGUAUCCAAAGUGUUUGAGGUGCUUCCCAAAUGAUCCAGGGCGAGUGCGUAGCCGUGAGGACGCAGUCGAAGCCCUGGACAAAGCUUUAGAGAGAGUUCGGAAGGCCAGGAGAAGUGCAGCGCAAUAG